CUGACCUCCCUCCUCUUCAUUAGCUACCUACUCCCACUUAGUUCCCAACAUGAGCACCAGCGCCGAUGCCGCCCCCGCCACCGUCAUCCCCGUCGACGAACACCCUGCCUCCGACACCAGGGGCAAAGCUCCCGUGGCUACUGCACCCCCGCCUCCGCCUCCGCCGCCUCGCACCUUCCCUUUCUUCCUGAGGAACACCGCCAAGGGCGCCGCCGGGGGAUGCCAGCGUGCCUUGGCGUUGCUCGACUUCGUGCUGCGGCUCUGCGGCAUCGCCGCCACCCUCGUGGCCGCCGUCACCAUGGGGACCACCAACGAGACGCUGCCCUUCGUCACCCAGCUUUUCCAAUUUCGCGCCAACUUCACCGACCUUCCCGCGCUGUUGUUCUUUGUGAUAGCGAACGGCAUCGCCGCUGGCUACCUCGUGCUCUCCCUCCCCUUCUCUAUCGCCGGCAUCGUCCGCCCGCAGGCGACGUGCCCAAGGUUCUUCCUCUUUUUCUUCGACUCGGUGAUGGUCGCCUUCACUUCCUCGGCGGCGUCGGCGGCGGCGGCGAUCGUGUACUUGGCUCACAACGGCAGCUCCAGGGCCAACUGGGUGGCCAUCUGCCUUCCUUUCGACGGCUUCUGCCAGCGCAUCAGCGGGGCCGUCGUCGCCGCAUUCAUCGCCGUCGUCUUUUUCAUGGUGUCGGUCCUCAUCUCCGGCCUGCUACUGCGAAAAGCACGAAUAUAAUUCGAUCACCUCCGGUCGAUCGGCUUAAUUCGUUCUAAAUUUCGUGCGUUUAAAAUUCGUCGUCGUGUCGCGUGUGAGCAGCCGUUAGCAAACUGUGCUUAAAUAUCAUCGUUCUAGCCGUUUAAUGCUCUUGUACUUUACCGUUUCUAUUUUCAUGUCUUUAUGAAUGCGAAAAAUUCGAUCCUGCAA